AUGAAUAACCACCCAAACCCCAUGAAGUCGCCUCUAUGUCUAAUUGAGAAUGUUCACGGAGAGCUCCGCACUGGUGAACAGGCCUUGGAAUAUCUGAGGGGAAUCUCAGAGCCAGUGGUUGUGGUGGCAGUAGUGGGGUUGUACCGCACAGGGAAAUCCUACCUCAUGAACCGCCUGGCCGGGAAGCAAACAGGUUUUGCCCUGGGCAACACCAUAGAGUCCAAGACAAAGGGCAUCUGGAUGUGGUGUGUUCCUCACCCAAAGAAACCUGGACACACUCUAGUGCUGCUGGACACUGAGGGACUGGGAGAUGUGGACAAGGGAGAUUCGAAGAAUGAUGCCUGGAUCUUCUGUCUGGCUGUUCUGCUGAGCAGCACUCUGGUGUAUAACAGCAGAGGGACUAUCGAUAACCAGGCAUUGGAGAAACUCCACUACGUCACGGAGCUGACGGAGCAGAUCAGGGUAAAAUCAUCAGGUGCUUCAUCAGCGGGAGAUGAGGAAGAUGAGCAGGAUGCUCAGUUUGUGAAGUUCUUCCCUAACUUCGUGUGGACUGUCCGAGACUUCACCCUGGAACGGAUAAUCAACGAUAAAGAUGUCACAGAAGAUGAUUACCUGAAUUUUGCCCUAAAUCUGAAGAAAGGCUUGGGAAAGAACGUGAUCAACUACAACCUGCCGAGACAGUGUAUUCGCAACUACUUCCCAUCUCGGAAGUGCUUUACCUUCCCGUUCCCAACUGCUCCGGAGAACAUGAAGAAUCUGGAGAGCAUGGAUGUGAAUGACCUUUGCCUUGAAUUUCGGGAGACUGCCGAUCGUUUCUGCGAAUACAUCUUCACAGAGAGCCGAGUGAAAACGGUGAAGGGAGGACAGGUUGUCAACGGAAGAAUGCUGAGUCAUUUGGUGCACACCUACGUGGACACGAUCGCCCGUGGCGAUGUUCCCUGUCUGGAGAACGCGGUGGUUGCCAUAGCGCAGAUUGAGAACCAGGCUGCGGUGAAGGAGGCGUUUCACGUGUACAAGUCUGGGAUGGAACAAGUGCUGAAUGAAGUGCCCCUGGAGCUGAAUGAGAUCCUCUCCCAACACAAGAAGAUCAACACCAUGGCCACAGAGGAGUUCAUGAAACGCUCCUUUAAGGAUGAGACUGGGGUGUAUUUGAAAGAACUGGCUGAGACCAUUGAUAAACACUGCGCUGACAUCUUGCACCAGAAUGAUCAGGCCUCAGAGAAAAAAUGCCGGAAGCUCCUCAUGGACUUCUACGCACCAGUGGCUCAGAAGCUCCAGGAGGGACGCUAUGCCCAGCCUGGUGGAUAUGAGGUGUACUGCAGAGACCGCGAUAACAUACUGGCUCAAUAUCAUAAGCAGGCCAACAAAGGAGUCAGGGCAGAGGACGUGUUGGAGGAGUUUAUGAAGGAGAGGAGUGCAGAGUCCAACUCCAUCCUGCAGGCCGAUCAGAAACUGACUGAAAACGAGAAGAGGAUACAAGAGGAGAGGGAAAGAACUGCCUUGAUGGAGCAGAGGGUAAAAGCAGAGCAGGAAAAGAAGGAGGAGAUGGAGAAAUCAAUAGAAGAGGAGCGUCGGAGCCAGAGGGAGAGGCUGAAGCAGAUGGAGGAGAAGAUGGAGGAGGAGAGGCGUCAGCAGCAGAAAGAAAUGCAGUUGGCCAUAGAGAGCAAACUGAAAGAGCAGAGAGAUCUAUUAGAAAAGGGUUUCAAGGAGAAGGCUGAUCUGCUGAAUGAGGAGAUCCAGCAGCUAAAGAAAGAAAAAACUAAGAGUUCUGGAGGUGUCUUCAAAGACUUUGUCAUGCCUCUCUUAAAGACAGGCACUGAGGUGUUCUCCACAUUCCUCCAGUAUAAGACAAUGGGCAAAGUUUUAAAAUGA